AGCGCAGCCGCGGGAGCGGAGCGGAGCCGAGCGGGGCUGCAGAUAAAAAGAUGAAAGCCUCGGUCAUGCUUUGCAGCAAAUUUCAUGUCACAUGCGAGGGGAACUGAAGCAGAAACCAAAGCUAAGGCAAAGCAGCAUCUGACCUUGUCACUGGGGGGCAGAAAACAGCCGCUGGUUCCACUGGUGCUUCAAUCAAGCUCCUGAGCAAUGUGGAAUUGCAGAGAGCUCACAAAGUGCAAGUUCCUUCCAGGUCCGUGGGGUGAAUAAAAAUUGUUAACUCUUGGCUUCAUUUGUCAUCCUUUGGGGGAAAAAAAAGGUAUGUCAGACUGGCCAUUAUACAGUUAGACCAAGCACAACUGGAAGUGGGUUGCUGUGGAGAUGAGAGUGACUGAGGCCAGCAAAGCCAAGGAGAAGCCUGUUCAACUCCACAUCUACCCGGGAUUCCUUGGAGAGGUGAUAAAGUGAGUAAUAAGGCGGAGUGGGAGUUAUCAAGUGGAUGCGACAGCUCCAGCAGAACUUCUUCUCACUGCCACAUACGCUCGUUACAAAGCAGCUAACGUUAUUUGGAAAUCUGUUUGAGGAAAAAAUGCACUUUGAGCAUCUCUGCAGUUGUUGUGUCUGAAGCAUCGAUCAGGAAAAUCGGCAGCACAACGCCAACAAAAGGGAAGAUAAUAUGGUAAAGGCAGCUAAGGAAAUUCAAAUGGAGAACCCAAGGGAGGCAGAGAGUCCCAGCACAGGGGCCACAUGUUCCCCGCCAGAGGAACAAGCGAAAAAACCCUCCAUGCUCUGUUUUAAGAAGCGGAAGAAGUCCUGUAAGAAGGGGCUGACUGUGAAGGAUGCGUGCGAAGGAGCCUCAGAGGAGAAAAGCCAAUGUGUCAGCACUGACCAAGAGGAGGCAAAAGCUUCCAAUCCAUCACAAUCCUCCAAAGGAACCUGGGCAGCCAUCAAAAACCUUGCCAGACCUCGGAAAAGGCAGAAGUCCUCCUCACGGAAGAAGGCGCCCUCUGAUUCCCAAGUGCAGCUGGAGGUGGAUGCUGAGGAGAGCUGUGGGCAAGACCUCCCAAAGAAACGGGCGAGCUCUGGGGUGAAGAUGCCCUGUGUGAGGUUCUCCAGAGGCAAGAAGAAACCCAGCCCCUCAGAAGCAGUGGAGGAGUCAGAGGGCAAUGUUCAAGCAAAUGAAGUGAUGGGUAUUGUGAAUAAGGCUAUUGAAGAAACAGAGGAUUUGGCUCCAAUGGACAAAUCUGAAUCCUUCAGCCCAGCCUCUGCACAGCAAGAGCAGGAUACUGUGAAGCAGGAGCAGCACAGCAUGAAAGAGGACCAGGAUACGGUGAAGGAGGACCAGGAUACAGUGAAGGAGGACCAGGAUACAGUGAAGGAGGACCAGGAGGCAGUGAAAGAGGACCACGAUACAGCAAAGGAAAGUGACACCUCUGUUGGGAGGAGUGAGCCCUUGACAGAGCCCACCCGUGAUGCAGAGGAACAUUCGGAGUGCACUGUCCAGUUGGAGAUAACUGAUUCAGAGACAGUGGAUGAAACAGCCCAGGACAAACUGCAGGAAGGGAGCCUACCCCAAACCACUGACAAUGUGGAGGGCAGGGAAGUGGGUCCUGAAACACCUGAAAUCACAGAGUGGCAGGAAAUCCCUAAUACCUGUGAAGAGAUGCCUGAAAGGGAUGAAUUAGAAAAGAGCAUAAAUCUUCCUAAAGAGUGCAAAGCCGAGGAGACUGUAACUGUUUUCAGUGAGUUGGCAUCUGGGGGUGAUGCAGCAAGUGUCCAAGAGGCAGCAAGUAUGAAGGAUGCAGCAAGUGUACAAGAAGCAGUGAGUGUGCAGGAGGCAGCAAAUGUGCAGGAGGCAGCGAGUGUGCAGGAAUGCUCCAGCCAUCAGGUAUUGGAAGCAAAUGCAGGCGCUGGUGUCAGCAUCGUCAUCACCAUCACCGAAGCUGAGGACUCUGACAACACCGACUCUGACCAGGCCUAUGAGCCGUCCCCAGUUUUGCACCAAAAAAAGCAAAAAGGGAAUAAAAAAUCAAACAGGAAUGCUGAUGUUGGUCAGAAAGAGGGCCCUGAGGCUGGUGGCGGUCCCCAGGCAGAGGAGAAAGGUCUGGGUGACCAGGGGCACAGAACUGGGGAGCAAUACGAGUUGCUCCUUGUAGAAACCGCCUCUUCCCUCGUGAAGGCGGCCAUUCAGUCCUCCAUAGAGCAGCUGGUCAACGAAAUGGCCCUGGAACAGAAUAAACACAACAGCUUUCUGUGAUGGCAGCCUUGCCCCAGAGAGAAGGAGCACAGGGAGUGAUUUCAAGCUCCAUUUGGCCUGCGGGGUGUGUGGAGAAGUCGGCGAGCCCCCGAGGCUGAGGUGUAGUUAAUUCUGCAUGCCCGUUCAGUUGUGUGUCUAUGUGAAACAGAUCCUGGGAUGUGGGCAGCCCCUGCUGAGUGCAGCGCGUCCCCUGGGGCUUCAGACAGCGCCACUGACCACAGCUGCGGAAAAUUAAGGUGUUACAGUGACUGUAUUUUCACGUAUUGGCACAUUUAUGUCAAGGCCACAUUUCUGCCAUCACCCAUGCCCUAUUUCCCCGCUGUUCAUGCUGUAGAUCUGUACGUUCCUUGUGUUUGAAGAAAGGUCCUGAGAGGCAGUGAGUGCCUGACCUGCUGCUGGGCUGGAUUCGGGGCACGCUGAAACAGCUGGAGGCUUGCUGGGGCUUUAUUGCAGAUGAGGAGGAGGGAAGUGUCUGCAAUAUUAACAUGAAAACACCGGUGCCAGGCUGUGUUUUGUGCUGGGAGCAGGCCCUCGCUGGGCACAGGCGUCAGGAGUCACUGCUGUCACAUGAAGCCGCCGGGCUCCAGCGAGCUCUGUUCUUCACUCCCCCUGUCACGAUAGCUGAGCUGCCUGAGCAUCUCCAGACACUCAAAGCUCAGCAUCAGCCUCGCCUUGCUGACCCCGGGCUGCGCCAGUGCCGGGAAAGCCACAGCGCCUCGUUUGCUGGGGGAGCCUUUCUCGCACCAUUGAACUCCAUGGGCAGAAUUCCCUGCGUUGGGCAGAAUUCCUGCAUCGGCCAGAAUUCCUGCAUCAGACAGAAUUCCUGCAUCGGACAAAAUUUCUGCACUGGGCAGAAUUCCCUGCAUCAGCCAGAAUUCCUGGCAUCGGGCAGAUUUCCUGCAUCAGACAGAAUUCCUGCACUGGGCGGA